AUGAAAAAUGCAUUUCGUCUGGUGAAGAAAGCGGCGAGAUGUUUUAGAAUGUCUGAGUUUACUCAGAUUUUCAAGGAGAUUGAAGAGAUUAAUCCAGCACUCCACGGCUACCUCCAAAGGGCUGAUGUCCGACUGUGGACGCCUGUUCAUUUCCCGGGCGAGAGGUACAAUUUGAUGACUACGAACAUAGCGGAAUCAAUUAACAGAGCAUUGUCGAAUGCUAGAGGUCUUAACAUUGUUCGAAUAUUAGAAUCAAUACGGGGUCGUGUAACUGCCGCCAGAUAUUUGACGGUACAGAGGAUUGAUGAUCAUCACACUGAAGUUAAAUAUGGAUCUUCCGGCGAGUCUUUGCAUGUUGUUAAUCUGGUAGAGCGAAAGUGCACAUGUCGCAGUUUCGAACUCGAGAAAUUACCAUGUGUACACGCAAUCACAGUGGCGGAGUACAGGAAUGUUUCUCGUAUAUCCCUGUGCAGUCCUUACUAUACCAGCAAUUAUUUGGUUAGCGCAUACGUUGAAUCUGUCAUGCCGGUUGAUUCAGCGCAACCUGUUCCAGAAAUCGUGGCUAACCAACCCUGCUUGCCCCCGACUGUACGUCAACCACCAGGCAGACCGAAGAAAAUUAGGAUGAAAUCUGCUUUAAAAGUUGCACUAUCAAACAAACGUCCUAGGAAAGAGCACGCAUGUUCUCGAUGUAGACAGAGUGGUCAUAAUGCGAAAACUUGUCCGAUGUAG